AUGACAUCAAACGAUCGUGUCCCAAAGUCAGCCGAGAAUGAAGAGCCCACAGCUUCAGCCACCCAGACAAGUCUUGAAGAUGACUGGCAAAUCAUAACUGAAGAAGAUGUCCAGCCGCAUGCAAAAAUCGAAACGAUGGAAAAGUCAGAGCCCAACCGUGAACAAGACCCCAAGGAGCCUUUGGCAGAGGUAGAAAUGGAGAAGGAGAAAUGCACCGAUAUGCAGGCACAGAAAGGUGGCGUGUAUCCGCACAGAGAGGUCGAGAUUCCGAGUUACUCGCAGUUUAUUGGGAACUGGUAG